UCACACUCUUCCCCGCCCCCUCCCCCCUUCUUUCCCUUUCUCUUGCUUAGAGGUGUCUUAAAGGAGCAGGCCGGGUAGAACUGAAUUCUUGUGCUUUGAUUUACCCUUCUUCUCCCUCGUUGUCUGGAGCCGGUGCUUGUUCAUCUUGAAUAAAUCGUUCACCAUGUCCUCGACAACCGCUCCAGCCGUUCCUCCGGUAGCUCUCGAGACGAUCACUCAACACAUUGGAAAUACACCAUUAGUGCGGUUGAACAAAUUACCGCGCAGCUUAGGCAUAGAGGCCACGGUGUAUGCAAAAUGUGAAUAUUUCAACGCGGGAGGGAGUGUAAAGGACAGAAUUGCUUUGCGCAUGAUUGAAGAGGCAGAGCGAUCUGGACGCAUCAAACCCGGUGAUACUUUGAUCGAGCCUACCAGUGGCAAUACUGGUAUAGGUCUUGCUCUUGUUGCUGCUGUUAAAGGCUACAAAACAAUUAUAACUCUACCUGAGAAGAUGUCUGCUGAAAAGGUUUCUGUGUUACGCGCCUUGAAUGCUACCAUCAUCCGCACACCUAACGAAGCUGCAUUUGACUCGCCUGAAUCGCAUAUCGGUGUAGCGAAGCGCCUUGAGAAGGAGCUUCCGAACGCGCACAUAUUGGAUCAGUACGGUAACGAAAACAAUCCCUUAGCGCAUGAGCUGGGUACAGCAGAGGAAGUCUGGGCUCAAACGCAAGGACAAAUCACAGCAAUCGUUGCCGGUGCAGGAACCGGCGGAACCAUUACUGGUUUAGCUCGAGGCCUCAAGAAGCAUAAUCCUCAAAUUCAGGUCAUAGCCGCUGACCCCCAUGGCUCCAUCUUAGCUCUCCCUGCGACAUUGAACCAGGAGCACUUGAAUGAGCCCUACAAAGUGGAGGGAAUAGGAUACGACUUCAUUCCUGAAGUUCUAGAUCAGCAACUCGUUGACAAGUGGUACAAAACUGCUGACAAGGAGUCUUUCCAGUACUCUCGCCGCCUAAUUGCAGAGGAAGGUCUUCUCGUCGGUGGAAGUAGUGGAAGUGCUAUUGCGGCCUUGGUUCAAGCCGCCCGAGACCAGAGAUUCAACAAGGAUGAUGUGGUAGUUGUGGUCUUGCCAGACAGCAUUAGAAGCUACCUCACCAAGUUUGCGGAUGAUGACUGGCUCGCUGCAAACGGGCUCUUGACUGUUCCCUCCAUUGAUGCAGCAUCUCUGUCUCCAAGACUGGAGCCUCAAGGACAACAAGAUGCAUUUUCUGACUCAAAGGUCAAGGCACUGAGACUUAAACCAAUUACAACAGUCCGGUCGAACAUCCCGUGUGAAACCGCCAUUGAGAUGAUGCGGGACAGAGGUUUUGAUCAACUUCCUGUUCUGGCAGCCUCGGGGAAGAAGCUUGCUGGACUGCUCACAUUAGGUAACAUCCUGAGCCGGCUUACUCACGGGCGUGCGACAGGAAAGAGUCCCGUUGCGGAUGUCAUGUUCGAUUUCAGCAAAAUUCCCGAAAUCGUCACGGAUCCCAGAGACAUGGGAAUGGCGCAGCCUCAAAACGCACAGCAAAUAUCACACAUCAGGAACAGGAAGUUCGUUGAGAUCACCAUGGAAACACCUCUUAGUGUAUUGAACCGGUUCUUGGAAUGGAACAGUGCAGCCGUCGUCACUGAGAGAGAUGAAAAUGGAGCGAUGAAGCCAGUAGCGGUUGCUACGAAAGUCGACUUGCUGAGUUGGAUGCUCCGCCACAACGAGCAUGGCACCUCUAAUCCUAGCAUAUCAAAGUAGGAACUAUCUCGCGUGCUUCAUCUGGUACUUUCGGAAUCGACACGUCUUUUACUUGGAGUCUAGCUUCUUCAACGCCAUCAGCUGCUAUGAUCUUUCUUAUUUCUUGAAGGCUGGGGUUACGGAGUCUGGAUAGAAUUUAUUCGGCGUGGAGGUAAUAAGCACGGCUCGCUCUAUUGGAUUUGAAUUUACAGUGUCGGGUUGUGUAGGUCUGACAUAGUACCUGUCAGAGUCAAAUUGAGCACCGGGACAAUGAUCACCACGACAAUAUUUUCAAUUCUUUCAGAGUUCGUGUAGGGGAUAAUAUGUACAAUCUGGGCUGAAUUGGCACCGUUACGAAAGGAUACUAUGGCUUAUUUUAGUGAGACUGAGAGCGUGAUAGAUUGUUCUUCUGAAGUUGGAAUAUUG